AGAGAGGAAAAUUGUCCUCAUGAUUUGUUUAUUUUCUUUUUAUCUCUACAUAAAAAUCAAAAGGCACACACUUCUCUCACUCGCGCAUCAAGAAGGCCUUUCCUGAAGUUGUCCUCCAGGCGAGAGCAUCCCUAAAAAAGCCCUAUUUUCCUCUGCCACUCUCAAUCCUCGCAGCACCUGCUACAAGACUGUCUCAGAAAUGAAGGCCCAACAGGUUAUUCAAGUAAAAUCAAGAGAGGAGAUAAGAGAUGACGUUCAAUUCGCUGCCCUUGAUACCGUUGUGAGUCUCAACUCCUUAUACGUUGUCUCCUCAUUUCUGGGAUUCUCCCUCACCACCAUAGGACUACAUAGCAUUGAUGGUCGUCUUGGCUGCGAUGCCAAUAUCAGCACGAUCAGGACCCUGAUGUUCUUUGAGGUCAUUUCCUUUGCAUUUUUUCUCACAUCAUCAUUGGUGGCUCAUGGCUUGAAGAUAAUGAUCAAACUUGUCAAUGCUGCUGAAUCAAAUAAAGAGUUUAGAAGCCACUUCAAUAGAAAGUCUAUUCGAAAGGUGAUGCUUUGUGCCAUCUUUAGCUCAAUCUUGGGAUGUAUUUUUCUAAUUCUCUCAAUAGUGAACAUCCUUCAGAUUCGACUAGGAAUUUUGAGUUGUAGGAGUCUAUCCACAGUCCAAGGAGCGGUUGCUCUUGUUGUUAUUGUUUCAUGUGGUGUUGUUUUCCAUGUUGGUAUUACUGUCUUGGCGUUUUUAUAUGUAUGACUUUUGGUUUAUAUUCACCUACUGGUAUGUAUGAAACAUUAUUAAUGUGUUUAAUUAUAACAUGAGUAUUUGGUUUUGUUUGUAUUCA